AUGGGAACCCGUCCUCUCCAGGGUUGGCUGUUGCUCUUUCUCCUGGGAGCCUCCCCCUUGAGCUUGGCACAAAAUUUGUAUUGUCACCAGGGUGUAUACAUAAGUAUAGAAGAUGAUCCAAGACAUGCAUUUAACUGGACCACUGGGAAAGUUGAGGCUUGUGACAAUGGGUCAUUUUGCCAGGAAUCUGUGCUGUUGAUUAAAGCAGGGAACAAGACAGCAGUUUUGGCCUCUAAGGGCUGCACCACGGAAGGGUCACCGGCAGUGACGUUUAUCCAGCACUCUCCACCGCCCGGCAUAGUCACAGUCUCCUACAGUAACUACUGUGAGGAGUCCUUUUGCAACGAUAUGGAGGACUUACUUCAGAUAUGGAAGCCAGAACGUAACGAAGUUCCCAGGGUGACGGCAAACCUCCACUGCCCAACCUGUGUGGCUUUGGGGACCUGUUUGAAUGCUCCUUCUCUUCCCUGUCCUAAUGAUACGACUCGAUGUUAUCAAGGAAAACUUCAGAUCAUUGGAGGAGGCAUCAACUCACCUUUGGAGGUCAAAGGCUGUACAUCCGUGAUUGGUUGCAGGCUGAUGGCUGGGGUCUUUACAGUAGGACCCAUGUGGGUGAAGGAAGUAUGUCAGUACCCGUCUCUCAUUCAGCCCUGA